AUGGCCCAUAAUGAUAAUAUAAAUAUCGAUUUUGUACGUAACAAAUCUAAAACAUGGAUAAUAGAAGAAGAAAAUUUAAUUAAUAUAUUUACGGAGCAAACCAAAUUUGAAGACAAUGGAUCAGGACAAUUGAUAAUAAAGACACUAGGGAGAAAUGUUAAAAUGAAAGGGACUUAUGACGUAAGGGGUUCAUAG